AAUUAAUUAUGAAUCACGAGAAUUUAACAACACAACACCAAUUAACGCUUCGCUUCCCACAGUUCGGCGAAACAGAGAAGAACUUUCAGGAAAUUGUUUGUUAUUUGUCAAGUGCUGUUAUAAGAAGUCUUAAUCAAACACAACUCAUACGGUAGAAGAAAAUAUGGAACUGUCUCACGAUCAAAAUGCACCUGCUCAAUGCAGAUUUAACAAAAUUCAUAUACUGGGAAGAGGUGCGUUUGGCGAAGUAUGGAAAGCACAGUCAGAAGAAGAUGGCAAAUUUUACGCAAUAAAAAUAAUGCCUUUGUCUACAGAAGGAGGCACGAAAUAUCACAAACGAGAAUUAGAAUUGCUUACAAAAUUGGAACUGUCGGAGCGUAAUGUUAUCAAAUAUUUUAAGAGCUGGAUAAUGAAUGUGGGUAGUGGAAGGCAAAUGUGUAUUCAAAUGGAGCUGUGCUCGGUGAAUUUGGGAGAUUUCAUCUAUUUUAACAACAUGGGUGGCGCUGAAAUUAUCAAAAGUGAAGCUCCAACACUUUAUCAGCACGUUUUCCCACAGAUUUUGAAUGGUUUGGACGCGAUCCACUCAAUCUACUGGGUACAUCGAGAUAUUCAUAUCGGCAAUAUUCUCAUAGCAAACCACAAUCCACAGGGAAUUAGUGAUAUUAAUGUCAAAAUUGCAGAUUUUGGACUAGCCAGGUACAUUGAAACUGACUUCAAGAUGUCAGCAAACUCGCUGACCGUAGUCCCAACAUUCGGGAAACUAUCUGCAGGAGUAGGGAACGAACUGUUCAGGGCGCCUGAACAGUCGAGCGAAGAAUACGACUUCAAAGUAGACAUUUACAGUUCUGGAAUAGUCUUUUAUCUACUCAAACGAUAUAUCCCGAAUAGGAGUCAGGUGGAUGAAGAAAUUAAAGCAUUGCGAAGAAAUGAACGCCAUAUUGAGCAUUUAUACCAUAAGGGAGACCAAAUAUUUAACAACUUGAUCACGCAACUACUACAUGAAAACCCAGAAGAACGACCGACUGCAUCUAAAGCCUUAGCAUGUCUGCGUCGUGGACAAGCUGCAGUGAAGAAGUUUCUCGUAAAGAAAUAUGGGGAGGAAACUUGGCAUAGAUGCUCGUCUGAUGGUGAUACCUUAUCAAGUAUAAAAGCUACAAUACAAAAUAAUCCUAACAUAGGCAUUAAAGCUGAUGCACAAGUUCUACAACAAGAGAUGACUAUUCAAAACAAAGAGAGAUUGGUGGCAAUAACGUCGGAUGAAGUUGCUCGUGAGAUGUUUCUUAGUGCUGAAACCAAAGGGGAGAAAGUGAUGAUUAUUGAAUCAGACGGGAAAAAACAGCCUCUAUAAAUUAAGAUCUUACUUAAUGUAACACGACACGGCUAUAGCCUUCGAAAGCAAUGACCCGAGAUGACGGUGAAUUUUCUGCAAUAAAAAUGAUGUCUCUCUAUCCAUAAGAGAUACAUACCCACGCAACAAAACGUGUCAAAAACUUACAAGCGCUACUUGUUGGAUGUAAGGAAUAUGUUAGUUAGGGUUAGGCUCAAUAAUCAGUUUGUGAACCACAUCUUGAACUGUCAGUUCUACAAGCACUCCUUUAUGAAUUAAAUUAAAUUAUUAUUUAAA